CUUAGCUGUGAACCAAUUGAUUCACGCUUAAGCCUUGUGUUUUUUCCGACUUUACAAGGCUGAUAGGAAAAGUGGGGGAGUGACGACUUGUUCCUGGAAGAGCCAGCCUGCGGAGUCAGUCACAUUUUUGGCUGGGAUUCAAUGACUGAGCCAGACACACACAAACACAGAUAGGGGCUGCGAGGGAGAGAGAGGGGCGAGUGAGUGAGCAAGCGCAACCCAGCUCACAGACUAGCCAUCUCCAGUACACAGGCAUAUCGAACAGCAGGGGCAGACGGAGUGUAUGCGUGCGGCUAUACUGCAGUAUUCCACAGUUUAAAGGAGGUUCCACGCGGGUUAUCGCUGUGUUUUAUACCGGAUACAAAGAGGGAGAAGGCUUUGCUUUAUCGGUCGAUACUUUUUCUGAAACUUCAAAAGCAUUAUUCAUUUUUGGAGGAGUUUCAGAGGAACGCGUUUUAGAUAUGGACUGUCAGGAGUGUACUGCAGGGGAAGUCUCGCCCGUGUCACCAUUCGCUUAGUAGGCUAGUCAACGGAAUUGGAAACUCACUGCUCGGGACUUUUUUGUGGAUGUUUGAUGAAGCGCUUUCUGCACUUGGCUAAUUCUCGGAGACCUUGGAUUUACAAGGAACCGGAACCUAUCGUGGUUUUCAAUUGUUUUAGUUUGCCCCAGUUGAAAGGAACUCUCGCUUUCAAAGUCGUAGUGAAAACAUGGAGACUGUAACUCGACAAAGCUUCCAACCUCACCCAGGACUGCAACAAACUCUCAAGCAGUUUCAUCUGAGUUCUAUGAUCUCCCUCGGCGGACCGGCGGCGUUUUCUGCUCGAUGGCCACAUGACCUCCUGUUCAAGAAGGAUGGGAAAGAGCCCGAGCCCGUGCUGCAUCUUCCAAUGCAGCCGCCGACAGUGAUGCCGGGACCACUCUUCAUCCCCUCCGACCGCUCCACUGAGAGGUGCGAGACGGUCCUGGAGACCGAGACUGUCUCCUGUUUCGUGGUCGGCGGCGAGAAACGGCUGUGCCUGCCGCAGAUCCUCAACACCGUACUGCGGGAUUUCUCCCUUCAACAGAUCAACUCGGUGUGCGACGACCUCCACAUCUACUGCUCCAGGUGCACGGCAGAACAGCUGGAGAUCCUCAAAGUCAUGGGAAUUCUCCCCUUCUCGGCGCCUUCCUGCGGACUCAUCACCAAAACGGAUGCGGAGCGCCUGUGCAAUGCCCUGAUUUACGGAGGCACCUACCCGCCGCACUGCAAGAAAGAGUUCACGGGCUCACUGGAGCUGGAGUUCACGGAGAAAAGCCUCAAAAUAUACCACGAGUGUUUUGGAAAGUGCAAGGGUCUCUUCGUCCCGGAGCUGUACACCAGCCCCAACGCAGCCUGCAUCCAGUGCAUGUACUGCAGACUCAUGUACCCAACCCAUAAGUUCGUGGUGCACAGUCACAAAUCGUUGGAAAACAGGACUUGCCACUGGGGCUUCGACUCCGCCAACUGGAGGGCAUACAUCCUCUUGGACCAGGAUUACACAGGGAAAGAGGAGAAGGCGCGCCUGGAGCAGCAUUUGGACGAGAUUAAAGAGAAAUUUGAUUUCGCCAACAAAUAUAAGAGGAAAGCAUCCAGGGUGAGUUGAACUAGUUUGUUAUAAUGUCGUUACACAGUGUUGCAAGUGUUGUUACAUUAUACGAAUGUUGUUACACUGCUGUCACAAAAACAUGUACUCUGUAUUUAACAUUUUUUCUCUUUUAUUUUACUUGCGUUUUGUUUUGUCUUCUUGCAAAUACACUGUUAUCUCGGACUAAGAGUCAAAGAUUCGUAUCUAGAGAACAGAAUAGACUAUUGUCGCAAUGACUUGCCCCAGCCAUGGGCUAGUUUAGACUGGAGGCGAGUCCUUCCAAGAUUGGGUUACUCUCCACAUAUUGUUAAUAAUUGUCCACCAAGAACAGCUAAACGGCUCUGGUGGCAAUACAACCAUUAUGUGCCUGUGAAACACUUCUGCGGGUGUCAACGGCUCAAUUAUAUUGGCCUAACUGUAAAUACAAUCCCAUUUACCAACAAAUGGCCCAAUAAUGGUGUUACAACAACUAUCGAAACCCAUGUGAUUUAUAAGGUCGAGGAAAUAAUGUAAUAAUUUCUAAAGUUGCAAAACACUGUUUGUAGGUGUAUAGUUUAAACUCCCCUCUGUCCUGCACGCAUCCCCUCCCCCAGGUCUGCACACAUCCCCCCAGGUCUCGCGGUGUGGACUGCCGCUCGCUCAUUCCGCACUUUGCUGUGUAUUGUGGCUUACUGGCUGUGUUUGAUAAACAGGUCCUUCAAGGUGGAUGUGUCACUGUGUCAUUAACGAGGGAUUCAUCCGUGCGUAGUGGCGUGGAGCUCCCAUGAGGGUGGUUGGCGCGGCUGGAUUUAUUAGAGCACGGAGAUAUGUCAGUUGUCUGCCUCGACAGGCCAUUACAGUAGCAGACACCUACGUUUUCAACUGAAUAACCAGUAGGCUACUACUACCCUUUUCCUGUCUGUGUAUGUGUGGCAAUGGGUUAGCCUGCUAUAUAUGCUAGUGGUAUCAGAUAAACAGUCCUGUGCAACAGCCUGCGGCUAUGGAAUCUUGACCUGUUCACCGGACGUGCUACCUGUCCCAGACCUGCUGUUUUCAACUCUCUAGAGACAGCAGGAGUGGUAGAGAUACUCUUAAUGAUCGGCUAUGAAAAGCCAACUGACAUUUACUCCUGAGGUGCUGACUUGCUGCACCCUCGACAACUACUGUGAUUAUUAUUAUGUGACCCUGCUGGUCAUUUAUGAACAUUUGAACAUCUUGGCCAUGUUCUGUUAUAAUCUCCACCUGGCACAGCCAGAAGAGGACUGGCCACCCCUCAUAGCCUGGUUCCUCUCAAGGUUUCUUCCUAGGUUUUGGCCUUUCUAGGGAGUUUUUCCUAGCCACCGUGCUUCUACA